AUGGAUGAAACACAACGAUGUAAUCCAAUAAAUCGUAUUCAAUCGUCGAGACGGUUGACAAGUUUAGCAACAACUGGCGAUUCAGAUACACUCUUUCCUAUGGCACCUCGUUUUCAUCGGAUUGUGCGUAAAACACGCCGCGAUGGAUCCGAGGUUAGCCCAUGGAUUAAGUAUCUUAUAUUUGGUUUUAAUAUUCUGUUUUGGAUUCUUGGCUUGAUGAUUACUGUCAUCGGUAUAUAUGCUUGGAUUGAGAAAGAUGCAUUUGAUAAUUUUGGUCGUUUAACAACGGGUGGAACAUUAUUAUUUGAUCCAGCAUUAUUCUUUGUACUUGUUGGAGUUUUCAUGUGCUUCAUUGGAUUUGCUGGUUGUGUUGGAUCACUAAGAGAAAAUACUUGUCUACUCCUUUUUUUCAGUUUCUCUUUGGCAGUUAUCUUUUUUUCACAACUGGCGUUUGGUACAAUGGUAUUUAUUUAUCGAGAAAAGGUUAAACGUGAAGGUGAAAAACAACUAAUGAUUAUGAUUCAAAGUUAUCGUGAUGAUCCAGAUUUAAACAAUAUGAUUGAUUGGAUUCAACGUAGUUGGCUUCAUUGUUGUGGUGUAAAUCAUUAUCGAAAUUGGGAAAGUAAUAUUUACUUUAAUUGUUCAUCAAAAUCUGUUGGAAGCAUUGAAGCAUGUGGUGUACCAGCUAGUUGUUGUCGUACAGAAUAUUUUCAUAACAAUAAACAUUGUGGAUAUGGAACAUUAGAACCUUUGGCAGGAACACAUAUGAUUUAUACAGAAGGAUGUCUACCGAAAGCAUCACAAUGGUUCGAAAGAAAUAUUGUAUCUGUCGCUAUAAUUAUCGUUAUUUUAGCUGUAUUACAAAUUGUUAACAUUUGCUUUGCACAAAAUCUUCGUAAUGAUAUUUUAGUUCAAAAAGCUAAAUGGACAUGGCAUACGCAUCCAUUGAUGAAUUAUCAUCGAUAUUAG